GUGUGUGUGUUUGUGUCGAGCAGAGAGGAAGACUCGGGCUGCCGCUCUCUGGGGGAACCAGACUCCAGUCCAGCCUCGAGUCCUCUAAUCCUCUCGUCCUCUAGUCCUCUAGUCCUCAUCCUGGAGCCCGGAGACCGAGCGACGACCGGACUGCAGCCGGAGAUGACGCCCUCAGAACCUCUUCGCCUCGGCCUCGUUACGCAACGUGUGACCCGAGGAUAACCGCCAACCCCCCCGAGGGCGCUCGUAUUGGACCGACCCAGACCCAGAGCCCCCCCCCCCCCCAGGCAGCAUGGGAGACGGGAGCUGGGUCUGUCUGAGCCCAGCUGAGUUCACCCAGCUGCAGCAGUACAGCGAGUACUCCACAAAGAAGCUGAAGGAUGUGCUGGAGGAGUUUCACGGCGAAGGAGUUCUGUCCAAAUACAAUCCAGAGCAGCCCAUCGACUACAAGGGCUUCCAGCUCUUCAUGGCCACGUACCUGGAGAACGACCUCCCAGAGGAGCUGUGCCAGCACCUCUUCACCUCCUUCAAGAGCAAGACGGGAGGACGCUCCCCCGACCCGGCCCGCGGGGGAACCGGCCUGCUGGAAGCUCGUUCCAUUGACGCGGGCAUCUCCAUUCAGACCGAAGUGGCCUGUGCCCCCAUCACAGGGAUAAAUGGGAAGAGCAUCCUGUCCGCAAUGGGCCACCACACGCCGGAGCUCUCGGGGGCCGCCGCCGCCUCCCCGGCCUCGUCUCGCUCCUCCUCGCAGCGCUCGGGGACGGGGGUCCACGCGCCCGGGGGGGUCCACCGGUCUCCCUGCACCCAGGCCAGACCCUCGGAGGGGAGCAGCAACGCGCUGACCCCCAGCGCCGGCCCCGCCAGGUCGCCGGCGUCCCCCAAACUCUCCCCAGACCCGAGUCGCUCCGAGAGACACCUGUCGCUGCGCAGGAGGAGCCCGUCGCCCCAGAAGGGGGGGACCCCCCUGCCGUCGCCCCAGGUGGUCUUCCUCAAGGACAUCGUCUGCUACCUGUCCCUGCUGGAGACGGGCACGCCGGAGGACAAGCUGGAGUUCAUGUUCCGGCUGUACGACACGGACGGCAACGGGGUUCUGGACAGCUCGGAGUUGGACCGCAUCAUCAACCAGAUGGUCCACGUGGCAGAAUAUCUGGAGUGGGACUCCACAGAACUACGACCGAUCCUGAAGGAGAUGAUGGAAGAGAUCGACUACGACCGCGACGGGACGGUGACGCUGGAGGAGUGGAUCCGGGGAGGCCUCACCACCAUCCCCCUGCUGGUGCUGCUGGGCAUGGACACGGACGUGCAGGAGGACGGGCAGCACGUGUGGCGCCUCAAGCACUUCAACAAGCCGGCCUACUGCAACUUCUGCCACACCAUGCUGCUCGGGGUCCGCAAGCAGGGCCUCUGCUGCUCACUCUGCAAGUACACGGUCCACGAGCGCUGCGUGUCCAAAGACAUCGCCGCCUGCAUCAGCACCUACGCCAAGUCACGGAGACACACCAACGCCAUGCAGCACGUCUGGAUGGAGGGGAACUCCCCGGCAAAGUGCGACCGCUGUCGCCGCAGCAUCAAGUGCUACCAGGGCCUGACGGGCCUGCACUGCGUCUGGUGUCAGGUCUCGCUCCACAACAAGUGUGCGUCCAACGUGAAGCCGGAGUGUGACGGAGGAGCCCUGAGGGACCACACUCUGCUGCCCUCCUACAUCUGCCCCGUCGUCCUGGACCGCCACACGGCGGUGAAGCGUGGCGAGGGGGAGUCGCCGCCGCCCGGCACCAACCCCGACGACGUCGGCCACACCUUCAGGUUCUCCACCGGAGACGGACAGGCGCUGCAGGUCAGCCCUCCUCCGGGCACUCACCCGCUCCUGGUGCUGGUCAACCCCAAGAGUGGAGGCAGGCAGGGGGAGCGGGUGCUGAGGAAGUUCAGGUACCUGCUGAACCCCCGGCAGGUGUACAGCCUGGAGCAAGGGGGGCCGAUGGUGGGGCUCAACUUUUUCCACGACGUGCCCGACUUCCGGGUGCUGGCCUGCGGAGGCGACGGCACCGUGGGCUGGAUCCUGGACUGCAUCGAUAAGGCCAACUUGGCCCGGCGCCCCCCGGUGGCCAUCCUGCCCCUCGGCACGGGGAACGACCUCGCCCGCUGCCUCCGCUGGGGGGGAGGUUACGAGGGCGGCAGCCUGCUGAAGUUCCUCCGGGACAUCGAACACGGCGCCGAGGUGGCGCUGGACCGCUGGAACAUCGACAUCGUCCCCGACGACAAGGAGGAGAAGGGCGACCCCGUCCCCUACAGCAUCGUCAACAACUACUUCUCCAUCGGCGUGGACGCCUCCAUCGCCCAUCGCUUCCACCUGAUGCGGGAGAAGCACCCCGAGAAGUUCAACAGCAGGAUGAAGAACAAGCUGUGGUACUUUGAGUUCGGCACCACGGAGACGAUAUCGGCCACCUGCAAGAAGCUCAACGAGUGCAUCGAGGUGGAGUGCGACGGCAUCAUCGUGGACCUCAGCAACACCUCCUUGGAGGGCAUCGCCGUGCUCAACAUUCCCAGCAUGCACGGCGGCUCCAACCUGUGGGGCGAGUCGAAGAAGAGGAGGAACUACAACCGCAUGAGCAAGAAGGUUCCCGACAGGACGGCGGCCGGCACCGUCACGGACGCCAAGGAGCUCAAGUUCUGCAUGCAAGACUUCAGGGACCAGCUGGUGGAGGUGGUCGGCCUGGAAGGGGCGAUCGAGAUGGGUCAGAUCUACACCGGACUGAAGAGCGCCGGACGCAGACUGGCCCAGUGUGCCAACGUCACCAUCAGGACGUCCCGCCGGCUGCCGAUGCAGAUCGAUGGCGAGCCGUGGAUGCAGCCCCCCUGCACGAUCCGGAUCACGCACAUGAACCAGGUCCCGGUUCUGCUCGGCCCGCCGCAGAAGACGGCGUUCUUCUUCUUCAAGAAGCGCAACCGGAGCCGCGACUAGGACACACAAAACCACACACACACACACACACACACACGCACAGUACACACACACACACACGCCGCCCACUGUACAGGCCUUCAGACCCCCCCCCCCCCCCCGAAGGAACCUGCAGUGAUGGACAGACUCUCAGCAUACAGCACCGACCUUUUCCUGUGUAGCCGCCGACCUCUGGUCUGGUCCCCCCACCCCCCCCCGCCCUUCUAAAUAAGAGGGUGCCACACAGCGAGAAAGAGGAAGAGGAGGGUCAGAGAAACCAAAGUGCGAGCAGUGACCGUGGUUGUUUACACGGCCGGUGAGUAGCGAGAGAGUAAGCUCCGCCUCUUUCGGUCAAAAACGACCGUCUGAAUAAUGAAGCGGCGGGCGCUUGUAAGAGCACGACCUCUGGGGGGGAGGGGUACCGGCGGCCCGGAGUGGACGAGUUAGGAGAGAGAGGAACGUUCCUUCACGUUGCUACACACAGAACAAUAAAGGCUCUGUGGUUCUACGAGGAACCCUCACCUACUGGAGAACCUUUGUUUGGUUUGAGGCGCCAUUAUAGGUCCUUUGAAGAACUAUUUAAGGAAAUGGUUCUCUAAAGAACCCUGGUUUGAAAGAACCUAUAAAGGUGUUUUAAAGAACCUUAAAAAAAUGGUUCUUUAAGGCACCAAUUCUGGCUCGACAGAAACCUGGGUUCUUUAAAGCUGGUUUUAAAGGUUCUUUAUGGAGCCAGAAACGGUUCUUCUAUUGCAUCACCCUGAAGAACCAUUUUCGGUUCCAGCUGGCACCUUCAUGUUUCUGUGUGCACGAGGAAGGUUAAAUUUGAUCGUGCAACCGACGCCUCUACGUGACCUCUAUGUGACCUCUACGUGACCUCUACGUGACCUCCAUCAGCAAAACCAGACCCCCCGCCAGAGGAACCGGCUGUUUCCACGCCGUCAUUCUCGACGGCCGCCAUCAAGUCCAAAUCCUACACGUCAGACCAAAAAAACUACAGCCGAUGUUCCCAGAAUAUUCCGUCAGCUCAGACCCUCAGGGGACAUCGACACCUCGCUGAGGGGAGGCCGGGCCGAGUUCAGGGAAGUGACCUUUGUGUCGGUGGGCUCUACUGAGCACGUGCAGAGUGCGGACAGGAAACAGAACUACGCCCGCGACGGCCGGCAGCAGAACCCGAGGACUGACACGGCCGCAUGCCACAGGACCCGUCCACUGGGGCGGGGCUUAGAUGAACCCCCUGGAGGGUUUAGAUGAUCCCUCUGGAGGGUUUAGAUGAUCCCUCUGGAGGGUUUAGAUGAUCCCUCUGGAGGGUUUAGAGAGGCGAUGCUCAGUGUUGAUGAAGAAUGUAUCCAUAUUACGUAGUGUGUGUACAACAUGUGUGUGUGUGUACGAUAAUGUACACACACGUGUGUUUUCAUAUGUCGUGGUUGUUAAUAAUGUGGAGCUCUUAGCGUAGAGGAGUUCAGGUCAGUGUUCUAGUCGCUCCUUCACAUCGAUUGUCGCGUCAUCUUCUCUCCCCGAAAUGCAUCGAGCUCGUAUAUCGAUAGUGACAUAGACCACUGAUGAAGCUUAUUCAAUUAAUAUAUAUAUAUAUAUAUAUAUAUAUAUAUAUAUAUAUAAAUAUACAACAUAUAUAUAUGUUAUACAUGUUAUAUCUAUCUAAAUAUAUAACAUUUAU